AGCGAGAGGCGGGACUUUGAGAAAAGCCAAUCGCUGGAGGGAACUGGCGCAGUCACAGCCAAUGGCUCGGGGGGGGCGUUGCCCUUACCCCGACAGCUUCCAAGACCCGGCUCCAGGGCUAUGGCCGGGAGUGGGCGGCUGGCGCUGAGGACGCUGCCUGGGGUGGGGUGGGUGCGGGGCUCGGGCCCGGCCGUGCUGAGCCGACUGCGGGACGCGGCCGUGGUGCGGCCUGGCUUCCUGAGCGCGGCCGAGGAGGAGACGCUGAGACGGGAGCUGGAGCCCGAGCUGCGCCGCCGCCGCUACGAAUACGACCACUGGGACGCGGCCAUCCACGGCUUCCGGGAGACAGAGAAGUCGCGCUGGUCAGAGGCCAGCCGGGCCAUCCUGCAGCGCGUGCAGGCGGCUGCCUUUGGCUCUGGCCAGACCCUGCUCUCCCCGGUGCACGUGCUGGACCUGGAGCCGCAGGGCUACAUCAAGCCCCACGUGGACAGCAUCAAGUUCUGUGGGGCCACCAUCGCCGGCCUGUCCCUCCUGUCUUCCAGCGUCAUGCGGCUGGUGCACACCCAGGAGCCAGGAGAGUGGGUGGAACUCCUGCUGGAGCCAGGCUCCCUCUACAUCCUUAGGGGCUCAGCCCGUUACGACUUCUCCCACGAGAUCCUUCGGGAUGAAGAGUCCUUUUUUGGGGAGCGUCGGAUUCCCCGAGGCCGACGCAUCUCCGUCAUCUGCCGCUCCCUCCCAGAGGGGAUGGGGCCCGGGGAGCCCGCACAGCCGCCCCCCGCCUGCUGACACCCCGCCGUCCCCCAGCUUCCCGCAGAGACUGGAUUUGUGAAUAAAGGUGGAGAACGGACAACCCA